CGUGUCAGCAGGCUGUCACCACACCGGUGUCACUCCACCCGUCGGCUGUUGGUGUUACACACACAUCGGUACCUCAGCUGACCUCAACUGGAUCUCGGAAAAAUGGCAAAAAAGCGGAGAGAAAGCCGAGAGAGCGACGGUGUGUCCUCAGCUCAAGAGGAGGUGAAGGCUAACGCUAGUGACCCACUAGUACCGAAAGAGGCUCAGUCUAUUGAAGGGGGCUCAGCACGUAUGUCUCUCCUGAUUCUGGUCUCUAUCUUCGCCUGCUCUGCCUCAGUCAUGUACCUGGUCUACAGGAACUUCCCAGAGCUUCCUGAUGAUGAAAUGGAGAAAAUCAAGAUCCCUAAAGACAUGGAUGAUGCCAAAGCUUUGGGAACUGUGCUGUCCAAAUACAAAGACACAUACUACUCGCAAGUGUUGGUGGCCUACUUUGCAACAUAUGUUUUCCUCCAGACAUUUGCAAUCCCUGGAUCUAUCUUCCUCAGCAUCCUGUCUGGAUAUCUUUAUCCUUUCCCCCUGGCUCUUUUCUUAGUCUGCUUGUGCUCUGGCCUUGGUGCUUCCUUCUGCUAUAUGCUGUCAUAUCUGGUGGGCAGGCCCAUGGUCUACAAAUAUCUAACAGAGAGAGCACAGAAAUGGUCCCAGCAGGUUGACAAACACAGAGAUCAUUUAAUCAAUUACAUCAUCUUCCUGAGGAUAACCCCCUUUCUUCCCAACUGGUUCAUCAACAUCACCUCGCCUGUCAUCAAUGUGCCUUUGGGGGUUUUCUUCAUCGGUACCUUUCUUGGAGUGGCACCGCCGUCCUUUGUAGCGAUCAAUGCUGGUACGACACUGUACAAACUGACCACAGCUGGCGAGGCCGUGUCCUGGAACUCUCUGGCUGUGCUCGGUGUGCUCGCCGUGCUCUCGAUCUUGCCCGUCUGCUUCCAGAAAAAGCUGCAGAAGAAACUAGAGUAGAACUUUGAACACCUCAGCACCUCAUCUGCUGGCUGAUCCCAGCAUCCCCUUCCCCUCGGCUCAGGAACGUGCAGCUGUCACUCAAGCUGCUCUGCCUCAGUCUCAUACACAGCUGCUGGAGGGAGAAUCUCUGACCAGCGGCACAACAAGCACUCACUGACCACAAAAUGCAUGCAGUGGGUUGUUCCUGAUGUUAAGUGUAAACUGGCCACUGGUUGCACAAGUUUUUUUGGUUUCUGUGAAUUAUGUUGUUGAUUGUGGCACAUUUUGUAAAUAAGAUAAAUUGAGGUUUUUUUUUUUUUAAUUUAAGUCACUGCUUAUUAUUUUAUGAUUAAAGGUCCAGUGUGUAGGAUUUAGG